AUGGACGGCUCGUCGUAUAAUUACGGCUUCAGAGCCCCUCAUACCAACUCGCCUUUAAGCCCCGAUACCCCGACGAGUGCCUCCUAUAAGACCAACGUAAAGAGAACCAAGACCAAGAAAUGGGUCGAGGCCAAGACUCAAAACUAUGACGGCGAUGACUGGGGAAACGACUUUGAAGACGAAGCCGAUGAUCCCGUUCCCGUGCCGCCACUGAAGCCCACGGGCUACCGCCAAGCCGGUCAGUCAACCAAUACAGCUCUUCCGUCGCACCAGCCGCCAGCUCCGUCAGCUCCCCAACCGGCCGAGCCUGUGCCUUCAAUGCGACCGGCGCAGCCGACGGUGAAUGAAGCCAGACCGACCUCCAGCCAUCGUCCCACUGCUGGACUUCCACCUCUGCAGAUUCAGAACUCGGCGAAGCCUAUGCCUCCCGUUGUACAGCAGCCUGUGGUCGACGACGUGAAGCCGCCUCCUACCGUGUCAGAGCCAGCGUCAAUGGCUGCUGCUCCCGAAAGGGCUCCCCAAGAACCACUUGUGUCACCACCUCCGCCCGCCAGCGCUGGCCUGCCUUCACGGAUGAGCCCAGCACCGGCUCCAGCGCCCGUUCCAGCACCGUUCGCUGGCCGCCCGGAAUAUCCCAGGGGCACUCCAUCUCCGCCUGUAGGAAGCAGACGGACUUCACCGGCCCCGGCCCAAACUCAAGCCGCCCGCUUCCCUCCUCGCAAGAGCAGCAUGGGGCAGCAAGACCGUGAUCGCCAGGCUUCCGGUUCUCGGUCGAGCUCUACGCAGCGUCCGUGGAUAGAGCAACGAUCAGCGUCUCCUUCCAACGUCAAAUCGCCUGGCACACCAUCCAACACCACAGCAGCGCACUUUAUCCGACCCUCGGAUAUCUAUCGCCGGCUGGACGACAAUAAAGAAAAGGAGGGUGGAUCGACGGAGUCGGGAAGGCCGAGCAUGGACAGUGCUACUGGCCCUAGGAGUGAAUCGUCAGUGUCGGCUGCCAAUCCGACAAUUCCGGUAGUCGAUGCUGGUGAGCAGCAGCCCAUGCGCCGCAGUUUGGACAAAGGCGACGGGCUAGGCGUUGUCGAUAAUGCCACACGACAACCUAUCCUGGCACCAGUCGCGGAGAGAAAGAGCGAGUACGGCUUCGAUGGGCUUCUAGCACAACCUCAGGCCCAUGGUGCAGACCGAGGCCGACUGAGUCCUCCAGGAGGCAUGCAGGAGAGCAAUUUGGGUGUGCCAGAGCCGCAGUUGCAGCGCCCGACUGCAGAAGAAUCUGACCAGAACCGCCGCUACUCCACGAGCCCUCGACUGCCCGACCUGGCGCGCAUGUCCCUUUUUGGAGACGACUUCUUCUCGAACCCAGACAAGUAUGCUCACGAAGCGCCUCCGAUGCCGAGUUUGCCAUCCCAGAUCCAGACGCAACCUUCCGAAUCCGCUUCUACGGCAGAGAAAGCGCCAGCUGUGGAUAAAUCUCCCACUGCUGCGACGCCCGGUGAUGUGACGUCUCCACUUCCCAUCAUCAGCACGACUCCGCAGCCAACCAACUCAUCAUUGCCUGCAUCUCAACCAGUCAGCAGGGAAAGGUCGCGUUCACCAUCCCAAACACCGCCAGCCUUGGAGGAAUCCAGCAGAUCUCGCCUGCCUUCGCAAACCACUCGACCGUCUAUUCCUGGAGGCUGGGUCACCGAAACACGCUCCAUCGCCGAUUCUCAGACUACUUCCGCUGUAGCGACGCCCGCUGCUACCGCCGAUCGGAAGCCCAUUCUCAGCGUGGAUCCCGGCGAAGUUUCCCCCAUCACUGACAACGAAGACGACAAGUUUGGCAACGGCGGGGUAGCUACCGUGAAGGAUACACUAUCCAUACCCGUUUCCAUCCCCGAAGCUUCGGAACGGGCCGCUCAAAUGGAGAGUCGUGUUGACCAGGAUGCCGACCUGGAGACUUCGGCUCCUCUGAACCCUCGCGAAUCAGGCAGCUCAUCAUUGGACUUUGCGGCGCCAGAGAGGCUGCAGCGCGAAUCCACCAUGAGCACCAUUGCCGACCCAUCCCCUGUCAAGGAGAGCGAUAAGUUGAGAGAAGAGAUUAUGCGCAGCCUCAGUCCCGUCCGCCCUACAAGUCACGAACUGAACAACUUCAAUAACCACCAGUCGCUGAGUCCGGCCGUCGACAAUAGCGGCACUCGUGAGAGUGCCUAUCUCGACAGUGUCUACGACGACUAUUGGACUGCAAGCGACGACAAGCCCGAUGUGCCCAGCUUGCCAUCACAGCAGCCAGAGCAAAAGAGGGCGCUUACCCCCAACAAAGACAUCUCUGACGUUCCUCCUUUGAGCCCUCGCAAAGACGCCAUGGACAAGCCUCCUGCACUUGGUCGACGGUUCUCCUGGGAAGCAGGAGGAGAGCAGGUUACGCCAAAGGCCUCUGACUCUCAGAAGGACCCCCUCGCCGAGCCUCACCCCCAACCUGGUGAUGCGGGCGAAGGCAACGUGCCUCCUAAACAAGGCGAUCAUGAGCUGCAGGCUGCACAAUCAGAGGUGGCCAGCGACUCCGAACGUACGCCGCUCGCUACUGGGUUGGACGAUGGACAUAUUAGCGUGCCGCAAGACGCGGGCGCGAUGUCUCAUCAAGUGUCGCAGGUUAGUUCGGCGCCGAGAGAUCGCAUGGACUCCGAAGUGAUCGAACCGCCGUCACCCGUGUCAGUCACGGCCGAUAAAAACACUACGUCGGCUGCACCCACCCGCCGACUGUCGCUCGCGGAAGAAAAGUCAAUGGCUCGGGUCUCAUCAAACCCCGUCUCACCCAGCCCACCGCCCGGCGAUCAUCCUGCUCUGGCCCAGGUUCAACCCGAGCCUGAGCCGGAGCCAGAGUCGUCCGAGGCUGGCCAGGCACCUGCAUCUCCAGCGGCUCCUCAACGCCAAUCGACGCAGCCUGUCAAGAUCACAACGUUCAAAGAGAUCAUGGACCUUUCCAAUGCGAAAGACAGGAUUCAAAAGUACAAUGAGACGCGCUCACAAUUCGCGUCGAUGGACUCGGGUCUGAACAACUGGCUGGAAAACUUAAAGGCUCAGCAUCCUGAGCACGCCAACGCAACUGCAUCGUUUGGAGUUGGCGCUCCUGGUCCUGGUCAAUCGCAGUCAUCGCCAACAACUUCUCAGCCGGCUUCUCAGCAGCCUUACUACCAGCAGUACCUCAACGCAAGCAACCCUAAUCUCGCGGCGGGAGCUUCGGGUCGGCCUCCUGCGGGAAGUGCGCCCACUGGUUCGUCUCAUUCGCCUUCAAGUGAUUUUAAGCAUUCGAGCGGUCAAGUUGGGGCGAAGGGCAAGGGACUAUUGCUUGCGGCUGGCAAGGCGGGUAAAGGUCUAUUGAGCAAGGGAAAGAACAAACUCCGUGGCACUGGGGACAAGGUAUUUCUUUAA